AUAGGUAAGUCAGGCCAUGUGACACAUUUGCGUCCUUUUCCAGAUGUCCAAGUAUAAAGGUAGAGGAAUAGUGGUUAGGGAACUCAGAAAAUGGGACAUCCCAGAGGUCACAGUGACACGAGAUCGUGCCACUACGCUCCAGCCUGGGUGACAGCGAGACUCCGUCCCAAAAGAAAAAAGAAAAAAGACAAUGGGGCCUCCUAGACCUUACAUUUUCCCCUUAUUGCCUUAGACAGAAUUUAAAAUAAUAACCGUUUAUUUUACCAGCGGGAUAUGGGGACACAGAGAUGUUAAAUAGUUGCCCAAGGUCAAUACAGUUGAGAGAUGGAGCUGGACUCAAACACGCUUUCAGAACCCACAUGUGUAGUCACUGCAUUGUGUGGCCUCUCAGUGGCUCAGGCGUUUAGCCACAGUUUAAUUUACACAGGCAUCAUCAACUGAAAGGCAUAUGCUGUUCCUGUGGUCCCUAAUAUUCAAGUUUGGGUCUGAAAAAGAAAUGAUUUUGGCUUUUCCCUCCACGAUCCUCAAAAUCUACACCACGCCACUAAAUGUACUAUCAACCUCUGCUUUUAGUGUGAUUCUCCUUUUUUAAUUUAUUUUUCAUGUUCAUAUGUUCAAUGAACAUUUGCGUCUCUGCUAUAUGCUAGUCAUUGUUCUAAGCAAUGGAACUGUAAAGAUGGCCACAUUUAUUGAAUAUCCAAUCUUGUUCCAAAAAUAACUUGAGACUAGUCUUCAAAAAAAGUUUUUUUUGAAGGGGAACCAAGAUCGCUAAGACACUGUCCCCUCCCUCCUAGAAACCACGACCUGAUGGAGAUACUUUAUAAAAAAUUACCAUAUGAGAAAUGCCUGCUAACAGAGAUAUUUCACAAAGAACUUUACUUUUGAGCAGAGUGUAGCAGGUGGUAAGUUGGGGAAUGACAGGGGGAAUGUUGUGUGAAGUUAGCAGCAGGGCGUGGUUUGGUGUGGCUGAAGAAAGGGGCACAUUUUCUUGGAGGAUAGGGUAGAAGUCAGAGAAGAUAACGUUGAAAAAUGUAGACAAAGGCCUCUUUCUUGUGGUUGUCUGUUUAACAAAAUUAUUUCUAAUACUGUUUAUUGUUUUAAAAGAAAAGCAGAGAAAUGAAUCUAGAAGGAAAGAAUCUAGACAAACUUCCAGUGGCUUCAACAGUUACAAAAAUACCCAGUCCGUUAAUAACCAAGGAAAGACCCAGCUUGCCAGAAAUCAGACAAGGAGGCCAGUUCGCUGUGGAGUUUCGCAAGACACAGGAUCUUCUCUUCAAAAAACCUGUAAGGCAGACCAUCAUGACUACGGAGACACUGAAGAAAAUUCAGAUUGAUAGGCAGUUUUUCAGCGAUGUGAUUGCAGAUACCAUUGAGGAGUUGCAAGAUUCGGGUACUUACAACAGUCUCCUGCAAGCUUUGAGCAAAGAGAGGGAAAACGAAAUGCAUUUCUAUGACAUCAUUGCCAGGGAGGAAAAAGGAAGAAAACAGAUAAUAUCACUUCAAAAACAGCUAAUUAAUGUCAAAAAAGAAUGGCAAUUUGAAGUCCAGAGUCAGAAUGAAUAUAUUGCUAACCUCAAGGACCAACUGCAAGAGAUGAAAGCAAAAUCCAACUUGGAGAAUCGCUACAUGAAAACCAAUACUGAGCUGCAGAUUGCCCAGACCCAGAGAAAGUGUAACAGAACAGAGGAAGUCUUGCUGGAAGAGAUUGAGAAACUCAGGAUGAAAACCGAAGAAGAGGCCCGGAUUCAUAUGGACAUUGAAAUGUUCCUUAGAAAGCAGCAGCAGAAACUUGAGGAGAGGCUAGAGUUCUGGAUGGAGAAAUAUGAUAAGGACACAGAAAUGAAACAGAAUGAACUAAAUGCUCUCAAAGCCACAAAGGCCAGUGACUUAGCACACCUUCAAGACCUGGCAAAGACGAUAAGAGAGUGUGAACAGGUCAUCAUUGAAGAUCGUAUAGAAAAGGAGAGGAGCAAGAAUAAGAUAGAACAGGAUCUCUUGGAAUUAAAGAGCGUCAUAAAGCUCCAGGCCUGGUGGCGGGGCACUAUGAUACGGAGAGAAAUUGGUGGUUUCAAGAUGCCUAAAGACAAAGUUGAUAGCAAGGAUUCAAAAGGAAAAGGCAAAGGCAAGGAUAAGAGGAGAGGCAAGAAGUGACCAAGUUCUCUUCUGUCUUUUCCUCUGGUAUUCUGGAGGUGGGAAGGACUUGAGAGUUAAGAAACACCUGGUACCAUCAAAGAUGACUCAUCUACAGGUUGUUUCCUAUUGAGACUUCCCCAGGGAAGCCUGAUUUCACUCUGCCUGUUAAUUUCACCCUGCCUGAUUUCACUAGGCCUGAUAAUUUCAUUGGGCCUGUUAAUUGCUCUUGGCCUGUUAAUUUCACUCUGCCUGUUACCUGGGUUUUCAAACCCUGAUUUAGGAUCAUACCAUUGACUUAGGGCUUCCUCAUCUUGCUGGGAAGAAGAGUUUCUGGUAGUCCUGUGAAGAUUCAUUGUUUCUUUUUCUCAGUGAACAAAGCAGUUCAUUGGCUUACAGUGACGCAUGAAAACUUCAGUAAUUCCUGUAAUGUCUGAUUCUGAUUUUACCCAAUUUGUAGUGAAAAAAACUCUUAUGAGCAAAAGUAUUCAGUAGGAAUUACAAGAUGAUGUUAUUAGCUGUCCAGCAUAAUAUAUACACAGUAAAGUUUUAAUAAAUGUUGGUUCCUGCCUGCCUUUUAG